AUGAAAGAUGGUCUACGAAAAAAUCCUUGUUCCGUUUGUUUUAUAGCUAUUAAUAUGACCAAUUUUGCAUACAUUUAUUUGGGUUUAUUAUUUGUUGUACUUCCAUCGGGUUAUGGAAUUGAUCCUAGUACAAACAAUAUUGAUUUUUGUCGAUUCCGUUACUAUGCUGACACGAUUCUUACUUGCUGGGAAUCGUCUUAUCUCAUUCUAGCAUCAAUUGAUCGAACAAUGAUCACUUCACGAAAUGCGAACACAAGAAAAAGAAGUACACGCCGUUUGAUUUUUAUAUGUAUAAUCAGCAUUGCCAUAUUCUGGGCACUUUUUCAUAGUCAUGCAUUGAUUUUUGCACAAAUUCUAGGGAAAGGACCGACUUAUUUUGUUUGUUACUAUCAACCAGGUGCAUAUACAACAUUUAUAACCUAUUAUUCACUUUUCAUCAACGGAUUAAUACCACCUUUCCUUAUGAUUCUAUUUGGUAUUCGAACAGUAAAAAAUGCCCGGCAAUUAGGACGUAAUACAGGUCCUGCCAAAUCGUCGAAUGUUGGCUCUGUAUCAGUAGGUGGAACACAUAUAGUUCAAUCAAAAGAUCAACAACUUAUUCGGAUAGUACUCGUAGAUAUCAUCACCUAUAUUAUCUGUAAAUGUUCAGUUACAUUGUUUCUCAUCUAUCAACAAAUCACUCAAUAUCAAAUGAAGAGUGCACAACAAGAAAUAAUUGAGCAAUUAGUCGCACAAAUAAUAUAUUUCGUGUUUUUCAUGGAGACUUCUAUUGGCUGCUACACGAAUUUAUUAGU